AUGCUGCCGUUAUCGAUUUUCGCGUUGUUUGGCGUGAUCGCGCGCGCAGAACUCGAUUGCGAUGCCAUUGACAGAGCUUUCCGUGCCGCUACCGACAAAAAUGAAACGGAACCUUGCAAAUGCUUCAAUAGAGGAUUCGAUGCCACUGUUAACGGAAUUACGAUUGGAUGUUAUGGUCAGACACUUCCGCAGGUUUCGAAGGCGCUGCGUUUGGUAAACGAAUCCUUUCCGGAGAAGGUGCAUAUCUGGAACUCUUACCUCACCGUCAUUCCAUCCGAUAUGUUCGACCAGGUGAAGCCGAGAUAUCUUUCAAUCGAAAGAAGUUUUUUGACGUUAUUACGAGAGAAUGCUCUUGGCACCAUUGGUCCACGACUACAUGGACUCUCCCUGAGAAAUAACAAUCUGAAGACAGUGGAUCGUUCGGUGCUCCAAGGACUUACGAGCCUUCUGGAGUUGAACUUGUCAGGAAAUAGGAUGAGCUCUUUAAAAAAGGGGGUAUUCGACCUUACUCCUGAACUUCGUGAGCUUUCACUGAACGACAACGACAUAGCUACCAUUGAAGACCGCACGUUUUCCAAAUUGACGUCGCUGGAGAGGCUCAGUUUGAGUGGAAAUCAGAUUCGUGUCAUCACCAAGGACAUGUUCUAUGGAUUGGAUUCGCUUGAAGUACUGAACUUGCAGAACAAUCAGAUUACCAGUAUAGACUGGUCGGCCUUCGCGAACCUGAAGCAACUGAGAAUUCUCGAUCUUGGUACUAAUCAUGUCACAAACGUUGAGUUGCGUGGUUUGGAGAAUCUGCAAAAGUUAUUUCUGAACAACAACAGUUUAAAUUCACUCAAUAGGGUGAGCCUUAGAGACCUUCCUUCACUGAUAUUGCUCUCCUUGGACCGAAACUCAAUUUCGGAAAUAGGAGACGGCGACCUUUCGGGUUUAGCAAGAAGCACACGGCUUGAGAGUCUGACCAUCGCUGCCAACAAUAUUAGCCAGAUAUCUCAGCGAGCGUUCUCUUCUGUUCAACAUCUCAGCGUCCUUGCGAUUCAGAACAACCAACUGACUACACUCACCAAAGACGGCCAGCCGUAUUUGCGUACACUUCGUCGCCUGUCCACGUUGCUCAUUUCGGGCAACCAACUGCGCUCGAUAGGCGAAGAUGACCUGCCACGAUCUCUCACCGUUCUCGCUGCUGACCACAACCUCCUGGAAAAUAUUGAUGAGAAUGCGUUCAAAGGAAUGAACUUGCACAAACUGUUCAUCAACAACAAUAAAUUGCCCUUUUUACAUCCCCGAACGUUCGACUCCAUUUCGUUCGAGACCUUAGAGGCAAUCGACGUCACAUCAAAUGCAUGGCAAUGUGUGUGCGGCAAGGAAUGGCUCGGAGAUUGGCUGGAGAAGGCCGGCGACAGUGACGUUGGAGACGGAGUUUUGGGAUGCCUGGUGACGGCGGCCCGUCGUUGCGCCGUGGAUCCUCAAGUGGGGACCAGCGAAACGCGCUCGGCAUGGGUGACAGUAACGGCGUCGACUCUGGCCGUUGUCUCACUUCUCAUUCUCGUUGCCAUCGCAUUCCUCUACAUUACUGAUGGCAAGCAGAGGGUGGUCCUGACACGCCCACUGAUCCGUCGCACUGACUCGGAUCUGCAUAAGCUGAUCCCAGAUUUGGACACUCUUAUUCCUCGUGACAUAGCGCCAAAGAGGGCCCAUGGAAUGGGUGAGAAGAAGCGCGUACAUUUUGAGGAAAACUGA